GCUCGUCGUGAUAUCUGGUCUCUUGCUUGAGCUGGCUCUUAUCAACAUAUAUACUGGCUCAUUAUGACGCUGUUGCAGUGGUGCACUCUUGAACCAUCUGGUUCUUCGCAGUUGGCCGCAAUCCGCUUCUCAUCCCCUGUUCAAGUCCGCUCUGUUAGGAUAUUCCCAAAGGGCGCGCAGCCUUUUGCUAAGCAGCCCGAGGUCACAUCGGAAACUGAGCCUGAAGCAUUUUUCCUCGACGUAUUUUUCAAUGCCCACCCUACUGUUUCAACGGAUCCCAAACAGAAACAGAAAGCAUCCAACGCUUUAAUUCCCUCCACGAUGGCCUACCCAGGUGGUUAUGUCGACUUCACAAUCGAAAUGGGAGACGAGUAUGCGACCCGUCUGAUGAUAGUCAAAGGCGCAUUCACCAAAGUGUCUAUGGCUAUCUACGGCAACAUCGUCUCCGACGCCCCACCGGAAGAAUCUCCACCUUCCUAUACACCGUCUUCGCUGCCCACCAUCGAGCCUACCCCGCUUGCACCUGCGAUAGAUCCAGCGAAUUCAGAGGAUCCGACGCAGUUAGCCAGACGACUUCUCGAUUUGAUCCCGGAUGCACCGCCGUUGGCGCUCGUCGUCCCUCUUAUGUUUUGUAUCAAGCCCUCGAACGAACAUUGGGACCUUCCCGAGUUCCCAUACCUGUAUGCGGACCUCGACGAGGAUGUCAUGGACUUUGAUUUGGAAAGGGCUUGCGAAUUGACAAGCACGCCUGUGGCCGACGACGCAUCUUAUGAAAUGCUGCAGCGGUUCGCCGACCGGGUAGCGGACGCUGUGGGUCCAAAGGACAGCGACCAGGCGUACUUCAUGGCGCGUCUUCUCUCCAAUUCAGCAUCCCAGAACCCCGAACUGGCGCGAGUCUUACUUGACCGACUUGACCUUCGCGCAAUUUUCGACUCGAAAACAAUGGACGAGGAUACCCUGACCCGUCUGCUCGCCGCAUCCUCCAACCCCGACAUUGCCCGUCAUCUCAAAUCGAUGGAAUUGAUCGAGCAGCUCACCGCGAUCUAUCAAGCCCCCAGCGCUCCCUCAGCCACCAAGGCUAUCGCCAAACAACUUGUCGACCGUUUACAGGGCUGGGACAUCCUCGUAGACUCCCUAUGGAAUACGCAAGGCGAUUUCGCCUCUGCAUCCUCCUUCCUCCACGUCGCCAGCUCUAAGGAAGCAUCCUUUGGCACGGUCCUGCAGGCAUUCGUACUUCAUACGGAGGUCGUCACUAGAUUGACAGAGAAUCCGGUCAUUAGAGGGUCCACCGCGUCUCCGCCGGCAUUGUUGGUCGAGACGGACACGUUCAAAAUUCAACCUUCGGUUUCGCAUGACGAAUUCAUCUCGUUCAUGAGAGCCUUCGUCGGCGUUUCUUCCGUCGUUGCGGUGUAUGCAUGGGCCGACAGCUUGCCGCAUUGGGAAUGUAGAGAAAGGGUUCUCAGUAUCCUUAGAACGUGGCAAGGCGUCAAGGGCUACCGCGAGAUCGUAAACCAUCUUAUGCUUCUACCGCAAAUGGUGUCCCGAUUAGAGGUAAUGAUGGACCCGAGGGACGAACCUACGCGUUCUGCGCUCCAUGCCGAGCGUAUUCUUCUCGAUGUUGCUCGUUCACCCUCGGCAUUGCUUUCGCAGAACCUGACCAACUGUCUCCUGGACCUCCAUCCAGAUCUCUCCGUCAUCGACGAAGAGGAACGUCAGAUGCUUUACGCACUCGCAAGCCUGACCGAUCGAGGUCUUCCAGGCGCGAUGGACGAGCUUCUCCUUCCACUCCAGAGUCCCGUGGAUGCACAGUCGGUUCGUACCCUACGCGUGGCACUCGCAAUCGUCGCGCGGAAGUUAUCACAGGGCGAGGAAGGAGAGUGGACCGCUUUGAACGCUCUCUGGGAAAGGCAAGGCCAUGGCCUCGGGAUGCAUCUCGUCGACACCCUCAGUUCCAUAUCUCAGGACCUCUCCGGCCUCUUCACACUGCAAACUCCACGCCGCCUAUCCCAAGCCUUCGUAGCCGACUUAUUCUCCGCCGCAGACGAAGCCUUACGCGUAAUUCAACGACUAGUGCCCGUGUACCCAUUACCGGGGCGUCAGCUUCGAACACUUACGGGUGGGCUUGCUGAUCUGUUCGGGUCGACGGAUGCUGCGGAUAUGAUCUAUGCGCAAGGCAGUGAUGCAUGUUCUGCGGCUCAGAGCGCGAGACAGGCAUGUAUCGACGUCCUUCGUGUUGCGGCCGGUUCGCCAAGAGACGCGGAGGUCGUCCUGCGAACACUACUCCUACACGGAGCGAAGCCUGGAGACCGGGAUCCGGCGUACCAUCUUCUCCAUGUUUUCAGCCUCAUCGACCACCUGCUACCUAUGCCGCAGCGCGAUAUGGAGAUGAGAGACAUACAAGAAGAGGAGGCGAUCGCGGUUUGGAUCAAGCAGGUCGUUCCCCGCGUUUUGAACGACUUGACUUCGUUCUUCCGGAUGCUGGACCCGGAAAAUAGGGCGCAUUUGGUGAGGAGGUUGGCAGACCUGGACGAGGGCGUGGUAGGCGUCGCGGAAUGGUUGAUUGGAGAAGAGAUCAAGAUGUUGAAACUCGCCGUACGGAAUCUGGGAAGCGCGACGUCUGAUGACGAUUUGAGGACGCUGAGGGAGUACCAAGUCUCGUUCUCUUUGCGGCUGUUGUCGGACUUGAUGGCGGGGCCUUCAGGGGCGACGACGCUGGCGCAGAUAUUAGCUGCGUUCAUAGGUGGCGGGAGCCCCGAAACUGCCGGCUCGAUGACCGUCAUUCUCAACACCCUUCUGGCUAGUCGUUCGUUCUCGCCGUUGCUGUUCAGCGUUGGCGAGGCCAUUAUCUUGGACCCUGCGAAUUUGGAUCCAGGAUUGUCUUUUGCUCUGGCGUUGACGUUUCUACGUGCGGUGCAAUAUCCUGCCACAGAAGACGACGAAGUAGCUGUUCCGCUCGCGUCCUCCUUGUCAUACGCACUGCAAGCCCUUCAGGUCACGCCCAUACGGACCAUCAAUCCUGACAGGCUCUGCUUCGAGCUUUGUGAUGCUCUUAUCACACUCUCCACACCCGUCCCCGAUUCCACGGAUGACUCGACUCUUACCGAAGGCGAAGCAGAAAUCGUGUUGUCCAUCCUCCAAUGGCUAGUUCAACAAUCGCACGCCGGUCUCCCCCAACUCACCACCCUCUCCAAAAUAUCGAGCGACACCCUCACCCGUCUCUUCACUUCCCUCGAAGCCGUCCUCCUCACACCCACACACGCCGAAGCCCUUGACAAUAUGCGUCAAAGCCUCAAUGCUUCGAUCACCCCCGACGACCCACCCAUCCAACCACUCCACAUCCUCUCAGGGUCAUCCUCCCCUAACGUGCACAUUUCCCUUCAUGCCCUCGAUACCGUCAUCCGCUCGACCUUCCCCAUUCCUUCGACGCCGCCACCUAAACGAACCACCCCGCCACAAUACAGUCAAAAUAUGCUUGGGCUGGUAAUGAUUUCGCCGCCGACGGCGUUGUUGAGGAGUCCGGCGGUGACAGGUUUAACGAAGACGUAUGGUGGGAAUGAUUUUAGGCAGUUGAGGGCUGUCCCGAGUGCGAGGUUGAAUACGAGUCGAUUGCCGAGUACGCAUGUCGAUGCGUUUGAUCCCUCGCCGCCGCUGCUGCCUGGCCCUCUUCCCGGUCUACCACUGAAUCCUUUUGGAGCAGAUCCUAGUGCUAUGGGUGGGCUUGGGGCACCCUUUGGCACUCAGUGA